AUGUCGGGCUGGCCCCUAGCCUACCCCUGCAGAACGUGCCAAGCCAAAGAGGUGGUCAAGGUACUCCUAAAGGACAUUGUCCCGGCCUAUGGGUUCCCGUGGGAGGGCAUAGGAUCCGACAAUGGCGCUGCCUUCAUGGCUCAGGUAGUACAGGAGGUCAGCAGAAUCCUCAGGAUCCCCUGGAAGCUUCACAGCUCCUGGCGGCCCCAAUCCUCUGGGAUGGUUGAGAGAAUGAACAGGUCCGUGAAGGUUUCUCUGACUAAGAUUAUGCAGGAGACCUCCUUAAAAUGGCCCGACGCUCUUCCCUUGGCCCUCUUGCGAGUAAGAACCAGCCCCCGAGGAAAAUGGAAACUCAGCCCUUUUGAAAUCAUGUAUGGGAGACCCUACCCUCUAUCCCGACCCAUCCUGGCUGACGAAGCCAGGGUGGGUGAUGCUUUAACUGUCGAAUAUAUUUCUUGCCUAGCUGCCUCAGUCUCACAGCUGCACCGUGACCUGAACGAAAUCCGACCAGAAGGACUGACUGCCCCGCUGCAUCCUUUCGUGCCGGGAGACUGGGUCUACAUCAAAGGCUACAAGAAGGAGCCUCUCAUUCCGGUGUGGAAGGGCCCCUUCCAAGUCCUCCUUGCCACUCAAGCUUCGGUGAAGUCGGAGGGUUAUUGGAUUGCACCCUACUUAGCUCCUGCCUGUCGCCCCUGUCCCCACUAUUCUUUACAAGUAUAUGGUAUUGCUGUAGAAAACAUUACUGUAGAAUACUUAACAAUCUUUGAGCGUCUCCCCAGUAGCCUUCCACAGUGGGGUCCUAAGAUUGUCUCUACCCUCUACGGGGAAUUGGAUCUUUACUGGGAUCAGCUCGAGAUAGAGGACGCGGCCACGUAUAAAUAUAACCCUUGGUUCCCUGAGUUAUACUCCUGUGGGUUUGUGUGUACCCCGGUGGAAUGGGUCAAUGUUCCUGAGGAAUGGAAGCUUGACACCAUUCACCGCCUGGGGUCUGAUGGCAGAGAGAUCUAUACUACCUCCAUCCGGACUGACAAG